AUGCUGCUCUUCCUUGCCACGCUGCUGCCGGUAGUUUUUAAGUUGGGUUUUAGUCUCUCAGCACUCCCACGCUGGAACUGUCCUGCAGGCUCCCCCUCGGGAAAUGGGAAUUCUACGUGUGCAGGUCCUGCACCCUUCUUAAUUUUCUCUCAUGGAAAUAGUAUCUUUAGGAUUGACCUGGAAGGAACCAAUCAUGAGAAAUUGGUGACAGAUGCUGGUGUGUCAGUGAUCAUGGACUUUCAUUACAAUAAAGAAAGAAUCUAUUGGAUAGAUCCAGAAAGACAACUUUUGCAAAGAGUUUUUCUGAAUGGGACAAGGCAAGAGAGAGUAUGCAAUAUAGAGAAAAAUGUUUCAGGAAUGGCAAUAAAUUGGAUAAAAGAAGAACUUAUUUGGUCAAAUCAACAGGAAGGAACCAUUACAGUCACAGAUAUGAAAGGAAACAAUUCCCGUGUCCUCUUAAGAACCUUAAAAUAUCCUGCAAAUGUAGCAGUCGAUCCAGUAGAAAGGUUCAUAUUUUGGUCUUCAGAGGUGGCUGGCAGCCUUCACAGAGCAGAUAUCAAAGGUGUAGAAGUGAAGAUUCUGCUUGAGACGUCAGGGAAAAUAACAGCUAUGUCACUGGAUGUGCUUGAUAAACGGCUCUUUUGGAUUCAGUACAACAGAGAAGGAAGCAAUUCUCGCAUUUAUUCCUGUGAUUAUGAUGGAGGUUCUGUCCAUUCCAGCAAACACCUUGCACAGCACAAUUUGUUUGCAAUGUCCCUUUUUGGAGACCGUAUCUUCUACUCAACAUGGAGAAAGAAGACGAUUUGGAUAGCUAACAAACACACUGGGAGGGAUAUGGUUCGGAUUAACCUCAACUCAUCAUUUGCACCACCUGGUGGAAUUAAAGUAGUACACCCACUUGUACAGCCCAAGGCAGAGCGUGAUACUUGGAUGUCUGAGCAGAAACUCUGCAAACUGAGGAAAGGUAACUGCAGAGGCAGCGUGUGUGGGCAAGACCCGAAGUCCCAUUUGUGCACGUGUGCGGAGGGCUACGCCUUAAGCCAGGACGGGAAGUACUGUGAAGAUGUCAAUGAGUGUGCCUUUUGGAAUCAUGGCUGUACUCUUGGGUGUGAAAACACCCCCGGAUCCUAUUACUGCACAUGCCCUGUAGGAUUUGUUCUGCUUCCUGAUGGGAAACGGUGUCACCAAUUAAUUUCCUGUCCAAGCAAUGCAAGUGAAUGCAGCCAUGACUGUGUUCUGACUUCGGAUGGUCCCAUAUGUUUCUGUCCUGAAGGCUCAGUGCUUGAGCCAGAUGGAAAAACGUGUAGUGGCUGCUCAUCACCUGAUAAUGGUGGAUGUAGCCAACUCUGCCUCGCUCUCAGCCCAGUAUCCUGGAAAUGUGGCUGCCUUCCUGGCUAUGACCUUCAACUGGACAAAAAAAGCUGUGUAGCUUCAGGACCACAACCGUUUUUGCUGUUUGCCAAUUCUCAAGAUAUUCGACACAUGCAUUUUGAUGGAACAGACUAUGGGACUCUACUCAGCCAGCAGAUGGGAGCGGUUUUCGCCCUAGAUCAUGACCCUGUGGAAAAUAAGGUGUACUUUGCCCAUACAGUCCUGAAGUGGAUAGAGAGAGCCAAUAUGGAUGGUUCUCAGCGAGAAAGGCUGAUUGAGGAAGCAAUAGAUGCUCCAGAAGGUCUUGCUAUAGACUGGAUUAACCGUAAACUCUACUGGACAGACAGAGGGAAAUCUGUCAUUGAAGGCAGUGAUUUAAGUGGAAAACAUCGUGAAAUACUCAUUAAGGAGGACGUCUCUCAGCCGCGAGGAAUCGCUGUUCACCCAAUGGCCAAGAGAUUAUUCUGGACUGAUAUGGGGAUUAAUCCACGAAUUGAGAGUUCUUCCCUUCAAGGCAUUGGCCGGCUGGUUAUUGCUAGCUCUGAGCUCGUCUGGCCCAGUGGAAUAACAAUUGAUUUCUUAACUGACAAGUUGUAUUGGUGCGAUGCCAAGCAGUCUGUGAUUGAAAUGGCCAAUCUGGAUGGUUCAAACCGCCAAAGACUUGCCCAGAACGAUGUAGGUCACCCGUUUGCUGUGGCUGUGUUUGAGGAUCACGUGUGGCUCUCUGACUGGACCGUGCCCUCGGUAAUGAGGGUGAACAAGAGGACUGGCCAAAAUAGGGUACGUCUCCGAGGCAGCAUGCUGAAGCCCUCAUCACUGGUUGUAGUUCAUCCAUUGGCAAAACCAGGAGCAGAUCCCUGCUUAUUCCAAAAUGGAGGCUGCGAACAUAUUUGCAAAGAGAAGUUUGGAAUUGCUCAGUGUUCAUGUCGUGAAGGUUUUGUGAAAGCCCCAGGUGGGAAAAAGUGUCUUGCUCUAACUGAUCAUCAGAUAUCGGCAGGUAGCAACGCAGAUCUAAGUAAUCAAGUAAUGCCAUCGGACAUCUUAUCCAGCAGUCGAGGGUUUGGAGAUAACAUUACAGAAUCUCAACAUAUGCUGGUGGCCGAAAUCAUGGUGUCAGAUGAAGAUGACUGCAGUCCCGUGGGAUGUGGUCCACACUCCCAGUGUGUCUCAGAGGGAGAGGCUGCCACGUGUCAGUGUCUGAGAGGAUUUGCCGGGGAUGGAAAAGUAUGUUCUGAUAUGGAUGAAUGUGAGAUGGGUAUCACGGUUUGCCCGCACCCCUCCUCCAAGUGCAUCAAUACAGAAGGCAGCUAUGUGUGCACGUGCUCAGAAGGCUACCGAGGAAACGGGACUCACUGUCUUGAUAUUGACGAGUGCCAACUGGGCGUGCACACCUGUGGGGGGAAUUCCACCUGUACAAACACAGAGGGAAACUACACCUGCCUGUGUGCCAGCAGCCUGUCUGAACCCCGGCGGAUUUGCCCCGACUCGACUCCACCCUCUCAUCUCAAGGAGGAUGGGCGCUAUUCUGUGAGAAACGCCUUCUCAGAAUGCCCCCCGUCCCACGCCGGGUACUGCCUCCACGGCGGCAUGUGUAUGUACAUUGAAGCCGUGGACCGCUACGCAUGCAACUGUGUCGUGGGCUUCGUCGGGGAGCGCUGUCAGCACCGGGACCUGAGAUGGUGGGAGCUGCGCCACGCGGGCCGCGGGCGGCAGCGGGACGUCACGGUGGCGGCCGUCUGCGUGGUGCUGCUGGUCCUGCUGCUGCUGCUGGGGCUGUGGGGCGCCCACCACUACAGGACUCAGAAGCUGCUAUCGAAAAAUCCAAAAAACCCUUACGAAGAGCCGAACAGAGAUGUGAGCGCUAGGCCUGCAGACGGAGAGGCUGGGACGUCCUCUGGCCGCCAGCCUUGGUUUGUGGUUCUAAAGGAACACCAGAAUCUCGGGGAUGGGAAUCAACCUGUGGUCCCCCAGGAUGGCCAGGCAGCAGAUGGGUCAGCGCAACCGACAUUGUGGGGGAAGGAGCCCCAGAUGUGUGUGGGCACAGGGUACGGCUUCUGUGUCCCACCAUCCAGUGAUAAUGGCGCUGGUCCCCAGAGGAUGGAGGGUAGCUUUCCUCUCCCCUCCUCUGGGGCACAGCCUAAUGCGGUGGGGGGUGAGAAGCCCCAUUCUGUCUGGUCAGCUAACGCAUCAUGGCAACACAGGGCCCCAGAUCCACCACACCAAGUGGAGCUGACUCAGUGAAAACUGGAAGUUGAAGAACACUACUGUAUGUGUGGACAGUAAUACUUUGUUUCAAAAAGUAGAGGGAAAGAAAAUACUAAUCUGACUCCUCAAUCUCUACAACUAAUCACCUACUCAGCAUCCUGGAAGCAAAUAUGAAUUGUGUUUUUGCUUCUUCCUUCAAGCAGUCCCACUAUGGAUUUUCACAUCAGAGUAACUGGGAGAACCACUAGAUAACUCAUUAGAAACCAAAUGGGGACAGUUUUGCUUUAUAAAUUGUGUUGUCUUCAAUAAUCAAUAAGAUAGAUUCUUUUUCCCCUUCAGCCCCAGAAGAAAUCUGGGGUUGAAGCAGGCAAUCACACACAGGUUUGGCCAGUUAUAAAGUACCUGGACAGAACAUUUAGCUCAAUCUCAUGAAAUGGUUAGAAUAUUAAAAUUACUGUUAUGAUACAUUGCAGCAUUUAAUUUAUCACUAUUUAACUUAUCCAUGCUGGUAAUUUUGAGAAUGAAUUAUGAUAAAUUAAUGGAAGAUGUACUCAUUUAGAAUCUGAUUUCCUCAGAAUUAGAUGACUUAUUUUUCUAUCGUAAAAUCUUUAAAUGAAAACGUUCCCCAACAGACCUCAGUGUUUCUUAGGCAUCACUCUCCUCUCCCCGUCAGAAGAUUUUUCUAAUGAAAAUGGUAAAUUUGCCUUUAUGUGUUUUCACAUAAUUUUUUACUUAUUUUCAAAUGUGAGACUGUAAGCAAAUUGCCAGAUUUAUUUUCAUUAUGAACAAUGAUUGAUUUCUUCUAAUUAUUUAAAUAAAAUCACUGUAAAACAUAAACACUGUAUUGUAUACCUGGCUAAAUAAUAAAUUACAGU